UAUAUUUGUAUACGUAUAGACCCAUAUAAAAGUGUCAUCGUGCUAUCCACGGAGGAUAGUUGGACUCGAAGCUUCGAACGAACAUGAUCGAGAUCAUUUUAUUAUUCCUCGGCGUUUAUGGAACGCUCGCCAUCCCGUACAAACCGCAUAGGGAACACGAAUUCCGUACGUUGGGCAAUGACGCGGUCGAUGACACCGAAAUUGUCGAAGCUCGUCUUCCCGGUUCGGCGAAUUUAAAUGAGAAAUCUUUACCCCUUUCUCGACUCUACGUUGUUGAACCUGUUAGUUUACCUGGCAAUGAAAAUUUAGAAGAAAGGGCACAAAUACGGGUGGCUUUACCUGGUACGAAAAAUUUAGAAGAGAAAGGUAUACCCGAUUAUGUGCUCCAACGAAUGGCCAAUCCAAUAAAUCGUCGAAUUUCUAGUCAUCCUGAUUUUGAAGAAAUUCCUAUUUAAUGAAUAGAAAAAAUACUAUCGUUGUUACUUAAUAAAAUUAUAUAAACACGAAUUAUAUAGAUUUAUAAAUAUUUGUUAUAAUAAAUGUGAAGUCAAUGGAACAUGACACAAAACACAAAAACGAAACAUUUAGCGAAUAAUUUUAUCCUUGUUCCCUACAAUGUACGAUAUUUCUUAUUUUAUUAAAAUAUUUAAUACAGCUAUGUU